AGAUCCCGAAGAAAGGGGGAGCCGAACUAUAUUACGGCCUACCCUUACCUCAGCUCUGAUCAUAACUGGAAGACGGAGUGGUUGUUCGUUCGUGUGCCGACAGAUCCGAAGCAUCCACAUUUUUACCGCCCUCCGAAGUGGUUUGUGACUCCUGAUCCUGAUAUGCGAAGCGUGGCUGCUCCGGAUCGGAACCAUCACCACUACGUGGAUCUCCUCCAGUGGUUUUUGGCUCGGGAGGACAACUACAAAUUGCCGUCCAACUGGCUCCCGAACCUCAACUAUAUUUUGCGGGAGGACAUUCUUGCUGUUGCCGGUCUCAGCAGGAUUUUUGACAGGGAGUACGGCUUCAGCUGCGUUGAUCCUGUGGUCUUGGGUAUUUCUUUGGAUCUGAAGACCAUUCACGACUCGGCCCCUGAUUAUAAGUUCGGGAAGGAGAAUCCUCGUAAUCCUCGCUUGAAGGAUUACGUGCUGUCUCCGUCGGGUGUCGCUCGGAUAUCUGAAGUUCGAGCUGAUCCGUGGGAUUCUGCCUCUUCUCCCGAAGCUGUUCCAGUGAAAGUCGUGCUCCCUGAUUUGAGGACAACCUCGGAUCCGGGUCCUGGGACUGACGCUGUGCCGCGUGCCGUUCCUUCGGUUUCAUCUCCGGCUCGGAUAGAUAUCUCUUUAUCUAGGAACCGGGAUCAGCGCAAAAGGAAGAGCAGCACUCUUUUGAGGCCUUCUGCGCAUCCGAAGAAGGCGAAAGCUGAUCAGUCUUCGGAGAAGGAAGUGGUUUCGGAAGUCAUGCCUCCUCCCAAAAACCUCCUUCACUUCAUGCCCUUGCCCGGGCAGAAGUUGAAGAGUGUGGUGGUUGUGGAACCGCCUCCCGUGGACCAACCGCUGGCUGAGGAAGAUACCAUCCCUUCUCCGCUGAAGCCGUCUGCUGCUUUAGGGAUCGAGAUCCAGGAUAUAACCAAGGUGAUGGAGGCAAUUGAAGCCGACCUUGUUCCUGGCUCGGAUGUCCCUAUUGUGGCCGAGCAGAAGGAAGAAGCUGCUGACGUUUCUCUCGAAAGGGAGAAAAGUCCGGAUAAGGAGAUGGUGGAUCUCACCGAAGCUCACGUAGAGGUUCCCGAAGCUGAGAAGGAGGAACCCGAGCAGGGUCUGACGAGGAAGAGGCGUCAUUCGACCUUGGGCUCCACUUCGACCUCGGCCCUGGAUAGACUGAUCCACGCUGACCCUUGCUCGGAUGUUCCGCUGAAACGGAUCCCCGAGGAGGUAAGGGAAGCGAUGGCUCGCUAUGCCAGAGCUCCGGUUUUGGGGGAGAACCCCAUGGCUCACGUGGGAUCUUUGGUGGGUCCCGAAGCUGCACGGGAGAAUCUUCUUCGGGCCAACCCGCAGUGGAGGGUUCCUGGAGCUGAGGAGAGGAACCCAGCUAUGAUGGCCCAAUAUUAUCUGAAUGAGGCUGUUUUCUGGUCCUCGUUCGCUUCCGAGUGUAGCUCGGUUGAGGAAAGGCAGCUGAGGAGGUAUCAGGAGGCUUAUGCUCGUGAUAUCCCUGUCUUGGACCAGAAGGCUGGGCAGCUCAUGGCCGAGAUGGUGGACCUCAAGCAACUGUACCUUCAGUACAGUCGUGAGGCUAGGGAAGCGGCGGAACAGAUCGGGGCCGAAGUUGGGAGGCUCACUUUCCAAGUUGAAGAGGAUGCUGAAAAGAUAGCUUCCUUCGACAGGGAGAGGAGAGAAAUGGCUGCCAAGUUUGCGAGCGAACUUGAAGAAAAAGACAGUCUUCUCAAGGAGAUGACGUCUAAAUUUGAGGCGGCCAUUAAGCAGAGCCAGGAAGCGGAGGCGAGGCUUCAGCAGUUUAUCAAGCACCGGGAGAUUGUUCAGAAUCAAGCUGACAAGGUGCCCGUUCUCCAGCUGAAGAUCCGAGAGAAAGAUGCUGCCAUUCGGAAGUUGGAGCAAGAGAGAGUUGACCUCUACACUGCUGAUCAGUGUAGAGAGCAAUACUGGAAUGGCAUCCUGGGUGCUCGGCGGAUGUUCGCGAAGCACAUGCCUCAUUUCCCUUGGAAUGAGAAGGUUCCGCUCUGGAUGAGGGCCCAGGAUCACUUGGUGGAGUGCCAGGCCGAUCGAGACGAAGCUGAAGCUGAACGCCAAGCUGCUCUUGCAGAGGCUCGGGCCCAGAAGGCGGCUUCCGAAGGUGAUACUACUGCUGGGGGUUCUUCGAAGGAUGCUCCUCUGGGGGAUGCUCCUGAGACUCCCAAGAGCUAG